AUGAACAGAAAGUCACUCACACCAGGUUCCCUUGGAUGGGCUUCCUUAGUGCUUCACAGAGACCAAGGUUUGGGCUUUGGAUGCCGCUGGGGGCUGGCUGGCCGCCCUGCCCAACCCCGCCCUGCCGGCUGCUGGGCGCGUGGCACAGAGGGAGCAGGGCAGCUGAAUCCCCAUCGCCAGCAGCUACAGCUCCAGGUAGACUCCAUAGACUCAGCUCGCACAGGCACAAGCUUUGACGAAGCACUGCUCCAAGUGGUCUGGAACACCGGGUCCUUCCUUAGCCCACAGAACAGCAUUCUGUCUUGCCAAGAUCCGUAUUUUGUAGGAGGCCAGAGUUAUAAUUGCCCGUAUUCCACAACAACGUCAGAAUCUAGUGUUGACGUUUCCAAGGAGACUUGGGUCUCUUUCUGGGCUGCUAGUCUCCUGGACAACGCUGAGCCCCAACAAGCACCACAGACACAGGAAGCAUCCUGUGACUUAAAUUUCCCUGUUCUGGAUCCAUGUUCAUGGGAAGAAGCUCAGCUCUCCUCUCAGCUCUAUAGAAAUAAGCAGCUCCAGGACACUCUGCUACAGAAAGAGGAAGAACUUGCUAGACUACAUGAAGAGAAUAAUCACCUCAGACAAUACCUGAAUUCUACUUUGGUUAAAUGUCUGGAAGAAAAGGCCAAGAAAUUGCUGUCAUCAGAUGAUUUUUCUAAAGUAUGUGGAAAACUCAGAAAAGAGAAGAGGAAACCCAAAGAACACAGACACUCUGCUGCAGAGAUACCCCAGUCCAAAACUGCCAAGAGAAACCUUUCCACAGAAUUUUCUAACUGUCAGGAACAAGCUGGGCCCUGUGUGGACCCCUGGGUUCUUCAAACCCUUGGGUUGAAGGACCUCAACACCAUUGAUGAUACCCAACCAGCUAACUACAGUGCCAUUACCUCUCAUUCCAGAACAGUCCCCAAUACAUCCUCCCAGUUUCUACAUGAUACAAUUGACUAUGAGAUUGUUCCUAGAGACCAACUCCUUGACUAUGGAGGGAACAGAACACAUGCCUCCCAUGUCACCACCAUCCACCAGCAAGACUGUCACUGUUUUCCUAGGCUUUGUAAUCCUCCGGUAGGGGUGCAAACUCUUCCUUACCCCAGUGCAGACGUGUCACCCAACAAGAAAGAGGUGGCCUUUUCUACAUCUCUGAGUCCUCACUGCAAUGUGAAAACACAUUCUUUCCAUCAGGGACAAGCUUUUGUGCGUCGAGAUGAGGAGGGAGGCUGGAAAUUUACCUGGGUCCCUAAGGAGCCUUAGUGACAGCUCCUCUAUUACAGAGUACUGCCAGGAUGUUUGUUUACA